AUGAUUUCAGAAAGUUGUCCUGGAAAUGAAUCGACUUGGAAUGAUGGUUGACCUGUCACAUAUAUCAGCUGGAUACGGAUGCCCUUAAAAUCUCGAGAGCACCCGUGUUUUUCUCUCAUUUCUCGGCUUUUUCAGUUUUUCCACACAGAAGAAAUGUGAAUGACCAGGUUCUAAAGAUGUUGGAAGCCAACAACGGAGUGCUGAUGAUCAACUUUUGGAACAAUGUUGUCCGAUGCUCCAAGGACUAUAAAAAUGCCACCAUCGACGAUGUUAUUGAGGAUUUCAACUACGUGAAAGAUCUCAUCGGUGUUGACCAUUUGGGCAUGGGAGCCGAUUACGAUGGCGUCCCCAUAGUUCCUAAGGGAUUGGAGGACGUGUCGAAGUACCCGGAUCUCUUGGAAAAGCUCGUACGAGAUCACAAUUGGUCCCGAGAAGACAUCAAGAAAAUCACAGGAGCAAACAUUUUGCGCGUCAUGAAAGACGUGGAGAAAGUGGCUGAAGAGCUGGAAGCCACCAAAGCCAACGACGAUACCCUCGAUUAUUGCCGUAUCGUUGGCUCAGAUAAUUGCCUAAUUGCCAGUGCAAAGGCAAAGUCAUGAAGGACGUUACACUUU